AUGCGGACGCCGCCUCUGUCGCAGCGUGGACAGCUGGGCCGGGAGGCGGCAGCUGGGCCGGGAGCCGGCGCCGCGGUGCAUGAGGUGCUGGCGCAGGCGGACGCCGCCUCGGUCGCUGCGUGGACAGCUGGGGCGGGAGGCGGCGCCGCGGCGCAUGAGGUGCUGGCGCAGGCGGACGCUGCCACGGCAGCUGGGCCGGGAGCCGGCGCCGCGGUGCAUAAGGUGCUGGCGCAGGCGGACGCCGCCUCGGUCGCUGCGUGGACAGCUGGGGCGGGAGGCGGCGCCGCGGCGCAUGAGGUGCUGGCGCAGGCGGACGCUGCCACGGACGUGUUCGGCCAGGUGGGCCGGGGGUCGGCGCUCUCGUCGGGGGCGCUCUCGCGGGCUACUCCCCUCGGGGCUCGUCGGGCCUUGCCAUCUGUAGGGCUGGCGUUCCCGCUCGGGUAUCAGCGCUGGGCUGGGGAGGCCGCGUGCCCCCAACCACCUCUAUUCGGGCUCGGGGGCGAUUCCUCUUCGUCGUCGUCUGGGUCGGAUAUGAUGGGUUCGGGGUCAGGGGUCGCUCUGGCGGGGUCUUCGGAGUCAUCCGACGCGACUUCUGUCACCCGGCACCUGGCGUGGCGGGGCCGGCCCCUUCUCCGCCGGCGCGACGUGGUGUGA